AUGCAGUGGCAGCUAAUCCCAGCAUUCAUACUUGUCUUUGGGUUUGUAGUAACCACUGCGCUUCCCAAGCUCUCGGAAGGUAUCCCAUAUGAAAGUGGCAGCCAGCAUGAUCUCAUGCCAGUGGACGCGGACUCUCUGUGGCGGAAGUAUAGACUCAACACAUCGGCAGAAUACAAGUAUUUCCAUGAGCCCGGGGGAGAUGACAUCCUUGGUCACUAUGACGUACGGUUCUUCACGGCAUCUGGGAGCCAUGCCGAGCGGACCCAGGCGCUCACCCAUAUGAUCCGGGCAUACCUCAAUUUCUUUGAUAAGAACAAGCUGGAGACGUGGAUUGCGCACGGGACACUGCUGGGGUGGUGGUGGAAUGGAAAGAUUCUCCCUUGGGAUUGGGAUAUCGACACCCAAGUCCUGGAUACCACACUCGCCUACCUCGCCGACAACUUCAACCAUACGAUCGUCGAGUACAAAUCCCCCGACAGCCUCGUCCGGCGCCGGUAUCUUCUGGACAUCAACCCAUGGUCCCGGCAGCGAGAGAGUGGACAGGGGCUGAACAUCAUUGACGCACGCUGGAUCGACAUCCAUACGGGUCUCUACAUCGACAUCACGGGUGUCAGUAGACUGGAACCCAAGGCGCAUCCUACAAUCUGGGAAUGCAAAAACUUCCAUCAGUACCGACUGCACCAGUUGUAUCCACUGCGGCGCACCGUUUUUGAGGGCGUCCCGGCCAAAGUGCCUUUUCUCUAUGAAUCGAUCUUGGUGGAGGAGUAUUCCAAGAAGGCCCUAACGAGCACUCGGUUUCAUAAGUGA